AUGCCCAAGGUGUACGCUGUCAGGCGAGGGAAGAGGACGGGAAUCUUCAAUACUUGGGACGAAGCGAAGGCACAGGUCGAAGGGUUCUCCAACGCCGAAUUCAAAUCCUUCAGAUCCGAGGCCGAAGCGCAGGCAUGGCUUGAAGAGAAGAACGGCACUGUUCCGCAAAAAGAAGCACAUAUGAGGAUCGGGCCAGAGAAGAGAGAGGCGACGUUCAGAGGAAAAGCAAUCAAACUGGAGUCCGAGACAACCCCAAUGUCCGCGUCGAUCAGUCCAUCAACAGUUUUGGGACAGAUGAGGUGGGAUCCAAGAGAUGGAUCGAUCUUUUUGAGUCUUAAGCCUAUUGAUAAUGCGUCAUAA